AGAGGAAGCACAGUUUAAACAGCUGGCACUUUUGUGUUCCUUUUGUGCUCACUUUCUGACAUGCGGAUUUUGUGAUUUUGUUUAUAUCGGCUAGUUUGCCAUGGAUUCACCGAACGAUUCAUCUUUACGAAAUUUAUUACAAACUACCUCAAAUAAUAAACAAAAUCCGCACAAUACAUUACAACCACAACAACCUGCUGGCACGCCUAUCGUUGAGCCGAAGGAUGUGCAGCAUGAGGUGAAACUACAGAACGUCGUAGCUACGGUUUCCGUGGCUUGCGAACUAAAUCUACAGGACAUAAAUUUCCGCACACGCAAUUCAGAAUAUACCCCUUCCCGCUUUCAUGGCGUUGUAAUGCGCAUGCGUGAACCACGUUGCACGGCGCUAAUUUUUCGUACUGGGAAAAUAAUUUGCACUGGCGCACGCAAUGAGACUGAAGCAAGUUUGGGUGCAAGAAAAUUUGCACGCAUACUUCAAAAGUUGGGAUAUCCCGUGAAGUUCGUGGACUUUAAGUUGCAAAAUAUCGUUGCGACUGUGGAUCUCAGGUUCCCCAUACGGCUGGAAAAUUUAAAUCAAAUGCAUGGUCAAUUUAGCUCAUACGAACCUGAACUGUUCCCAGGACUUAUAUACCGCAUGGUUAAUCCGCGUAUGGUGCUUUUAAUAUUCGUGAAUGGUAAAAUUGUGUUCACUGGCGCCAAAGCACGUAAGGAUAUACUGGAGUGUCUGGACAAAAUAUAUCCCACCUUGCUAAGCUUCCGGAAGAAUUAAUGCUGUUUUAGUGCAAAAUUAUGAUUGAGUCAAAUGCCGUAUUUUAUGUUAGCCUUAUUUUAAUAUUGCCUGAAAAGAAUAUUAAGUUAUAUAUAUUUAUAUAGUGACAAGAAUAAUAUACUAUAAUUUAAAUAAUAAACAACUAUUUUAUUUAAU